AUGAGGUCUUCCCAGGAUUUAAACUAGUCUUCUGCUCCCUAUAUAAACCAAUCUCCCCACACCUCUUGAACUCAUACCAUAAUUCUCUAAUUCAUAUCUUCAAUUAAAUUGCUCGCUAGUGAUUAACCAUGGAAUUCUUUCUCACACCUUCCAUAUUAUUCAUCGCUCUUAUUAUUGCCUUUCUUGCUUAUUUUCUUGUCUUUGCAUUUAAGCGUCAGUUUGGUGGUGCCAAAAACCUCCCUCCAGGGAGUAUGGGAUGGCCAAUCAUGGGUGAAACAAUUGAGUUCUUGUUUGGCAAGCCGGAAAACUUUGUCUUCAAAAGGAUGAAGAAAUACUCUCCUGACAUCUUCAAGACCAAGAUUCUUGGGGAGAAAACUGCUGUCAUAUGCGGUCCUAAUGGACAUAAAUUUCUCUUCUCCAACGAGCAGAAGCUUUUUACUGUGUUUCGUCCUCAUUCCAUGCAGAAGCUCUUUCGUUCCUACCAAGCUAAAGCUCCUGCCCCAAGCGAAAAUGAGGCUAAAAUUCUCCGAUCACCGGCAUUCUUGAAGCCGGAGGCCUUGGUGAGAUACUUGGGGAAAAUGGACUCCAUCACACAGCAACAAAUGCAAAGCUAUUGGGAGGGAAAAGACACUGUCAAGGUCUCUCCUCUUGCUAAGACAUUAACUUUGUCCCUGGCUUGUCGCUUCUUCUUGGGCACUGAUGAUCCUGAGAGGAUUGCAAGGCUUGUGAGCAACUUUGAUGACAUAACUGUAGGGAUGCAUUCUUUCACUUUGAAUUUCCCUGGAACCAUCUUCUACAGAGCCAAAAAAGCUGCGGCUGCAAUCCGCAAGGAGUUGACCUCAGUAGUUAAGGAGAAAAGAGAUGCCAUAUCCACAUCAGGAGCACCUAUGCAAGACAUACUUUCGCAUAUGAUCGUCGCCACUGAUCCUUCCGGCACACACAUGCCGGAGGCCGAGAUUUCAGACAAGAUGAUGGGUUUACUAACUGCAGGAUAUAGCACCGUCGCUACUGCGAUUACUUUCUUCAUGAAAUAUGUUGGCAAGAGACCUGAUAUAUACAAAAAGAUUCUUGAUGAGCAAAUGGAUGUGGCCUCUGCAAAGAAGGAUGGGGAGCUGUUGCAAUGGGAAGAUAUACAGAAGAUGAAGUACUCAUGGAAUGUGGUGUAUGAAGUGAUGAGACUUACACCUCCACUUCAAGGAACUUUCAGAGAGGCUAUAACUGACUUUACAUAUGCAGGCUAUACCAUUCCAAAGGGGUGGAAGAUAUAUUGGACAGUGAGCACAACAAACAAGAAUCCAGAAUACUUCCCAAAUCCUGAAAUAUUUGAUCCAUCAAGAUAUAAUGAUGAAAAGGCAAUUCCACCAUACACAUUUGUACCCUUUGGAGGAGGACCUAGGACGUGCCCUGGAAAAGAGUAUGCUAGAUUAGCAAUUCUAACAUUUAUCCACAAUGUGAUGAAAAGGUUCAAAUGGGAGUUGGAAUUUCCAAAUGAAAAAAUUUUUGGAGACAUGAUGCCAACCCCUGAAAAAGGUCUUCCUGUUCGCCUUCGAGCACUCUAGAGUGGAAAAGUCAUUACCCAUAAGAAAAAGCACAUGGGUUUCAACUUUAUUCUCCUUCAAGUCAAGUCCGCUCCCAAUAUGCAUUAGUUGACGGAUAUGCUCAAAGAAACCUUAUUUUCAGGCAUUUAAUUAUGUAAUACUGUAGUGCUUGUAAUAAUUGAAAGUUUGAUAUUGUCUUUCUGUAACUUUUCUUUAUAUGUCAUAAAAUAAAUAUAUAGUGGCCUUUUGGUAA